UUGGCCAACUUCCGUACAAGUCAGUCUCAGCAGUCAGGUGUCAAUCCACGACCGAAUGUGAAAGUGACAAAGAAGUUCAUGCGUAAAAAUUCAUGACGCUGCAGGUAAUGGACAAUGGACUGUAAGUUUAACAACUGAGGUGCCUCUUUCAUGAAUUCAUCUGCACAUUAUUGUUUAGUGACUUGGUCACUUGUAAAUAAUUGCUCAUUUGCUAUAAUAUUAUUGAUGUUGUAUUGAUGCGUAUAAUGUAGGUCGGUCGGUAUUUAAAUGGCUUAAUUUCAGCUGACUUACAUAUUUGUAGACAUAUUUACAUCAACAACGCACUAUUAAAUAAUGAUACACACACGUGAUUCGACAAGGAUUUACAUAAAAACAAUAUGCAUGCUGCAACUAUAUGAAUACUAAACGGGACUUUCAAGUCUUUGACCUGGCUACAGUCCAUCCUUGGAUAAACUCCAUAAAAUGAAGAACAGGACAGAACAAUUUCACCACUUCCUAAAUUUAGAACGAAGGGGAAAGUUAAAAUUCCAGUCUGCUUGUUUGUUAUUUUCAAUGGCAAAAUUGUUCCUUCUCGUAGCCAUUCUUGGCGUCCUCCUCGUUUCAAAAGUAUCAGGAAUUUGGCUUUUCAGGCCUUUUAACUUUCGUCCGAUAAAAUAUUCCACCACUACGACAAGUACGACCACUACCACACCAACGACAACCACAGCUGCAACAGACGCAACUACAACCACGACGACCACGCCAACACCGGUGCAAAUUAGUGCAGGGUUCGUGACAGAUCAAGUCUUUAAUCAAACUACGGGACAAGGCUACUUUCCAUUUCAGCAGUUUCCUCAGUAUGGCAUUUUUGGGGCCUUAAAUGGUGGUGGGGGGUUUGGCCAAUCAAUUGGUGGACUUGCCAGACCAAACAUUCCAUUGCUUUUUCGACCCUUCAUUGGAGGGUUGGCUAGGCCCAACAAUGGGGGAUUUGCAGGAAAUUAUCCCGUCAUAGGAGGUGUAGCCACUGCAAAUGGAUAAUUACAAGUUUUGUUACUUUAUUUUAUUUUGAAAUAUAAAGGAAGAAUUGUAAUCAUACCAUAAUACAUACAUAUUUAUGCAUUUGUACAAAUACAUGCACAUUUAAUAAUAAAUUGUUCCUUGAAAUUUUAUUUGUUAAAUAUACAUACAAUGUUUUGAGUUUGAGUUGCAUUAACAGACAUUCAUUCAACUACUACCAGUUAAUUCAAGACUAUAUGAUAGCAA